AUGGCAAUUAAGAAGAUAUUGUGCUUCAUCUUGGUUGUGCUUGCCUUGACAUGUCCGGAUGAGAUCACUGGAGGUAUUUAUCAAUGCAGUUUAAAUUACAUUUCCUUGUUUGAAAACUAACAAUCUCUUCUCAUUCAGAACUUUUAUUUCCCAGACGCAAAUUUCCAACGAUUUGUUCCACUGUAUCCUUGGAAUCAAAUUUAUUCAGAUCACUUGUGCUUUUGAAUCAAAUGUAAAUUUAGUAAAAGCGUGAAAUGAAUUUAAGUCAUGAACUGCUUUGAAAGAGAACUAUCCUUAGAGAUUCCAUUUGGUCUUUGGUGAAGUCUUUUUUGCCAACCAACUAGUCGAAGAAAAAAUAAACGAAAUUGUCUGCUAUUCGAUUUUUUAAAAAGGCCAAAAUAGUAGAAUCACUUCUUUCUUUAAAUGGAAAAAACUGAAAAAACAUAUUAACAAAGGCACAUACUUAAGAUUUCACUCAUGUAGAUGACCAAGACAAAAGAUUUAUCUAUUAAUCCUUAAUACUUAUUUAUUAUUUAGUACUCUCUAGCUUUGAUUGUUCCUCCUCAGAUAAUUCUAUAAAAGCAAAUGGAUCUCCCGUGUGUUUUGGUGCGAGAGAUACACAACUGGGAAAGUUUACAGUUCCCUUGCAUGGCAAAAUGGGAGGCGUGAGGCUGGUCCACCUGUACGGCUACGUGUCUUGUCACACGGCAGACCCCAAAAAUUGGUCACCUUGGGGCUGUGGUCAUGGAGCGCAUCAGGAGAUCAACGCUGUCAUAACCAAUGACAAAAAUCAACAACUUUUGCCCCCUUCGGAGUUCCUGAGCGCCCACCACCCAGCAGGAAAAUGGCACAAAAUUCCAGGUUACAACUCCAUGAGCCCUGUCAUUGAGCUAAAAGUGUUUAAGGAUCCCCUUAAUGUGAGAGCUGGCCAGGAGCUACGACUGUGGUACGGUGAAGAUUUGACCAACUGGACCGAGCAUGACAACGGGGGAAGAACCUGCGCUGACGUUUUCAUCCUGUACGUCUGA